AACAUAAUCAUAAAUAUAAUCAAUUAAUUUCUAAACAGAUUAUAUAUUGUUUUUCAGCAGAGAUUUUAUGUGGAUUACGAGAAUCAAUAACUUGAAUAUCUCGAUACAUAUAAAAUGAUAUAAUUUUAAUUGCGAAUAAAAAAAUGACUAAUGGAAUCAAAGAAAAUAUUCAAAAAGUUACAUAAAAUUGAGAACAUAGUCAAAAUGCCUAAACAGAAGUGUUAAAAUCAAACACAUAUUCUGAGAAUCAUAUUUUAUUAAAUUAAUACAUUUAUUUACAUUUUAUUAAAAACUUAUUAGUUACAAUAUUCUAAUUUCAAUUUAGCGAAAAGCGAACGAUUUUGGUUAAAAUCGAAAUACGAAUAUAUAUUUAAGAAUUGAAGAAGAGUUUCAAUUUAAGUAAGAAAAAUGUUGAAACACUGAAAUUGUGAAACUCUGAAACGGUAAUGCGAGCGUAACAAAAUGAUUCAACAGGCCAACUUUUCCUCAAACAUUGUUUGUCACAAUUCGAUUUGUGAUUCAAUGAUCGUUAAGCCCAAUACAUAAUCGCGAUGGUGUUGCAACGGUAAGUAGGACGUUCCUGUACAGAGGCCGGCGACGCCAACUCUUUUACCGUAAGCUGGAUGACGUCAAGAAAUAAUUCCUCGAAUGGGGGGCAUCGCGUUCGCCAUGGACGUGACGCGUAUCACGUAAUCCGCUAUCGACGAUUUUUUUAUUAACAAGAAUUUCUUUUAUCCAUGAUGUUGUUUAUAAUCGUUAUCGACGAUUUUUCAUCUUUACCCUUUUAAAUUUUACUUUGGCCUUAAAAAAAAAUUUUGAUCAAUUUUGAUAUUUCAUUUUUAGGAGGAGUUUGUGUUUCGUCCACGCAUGUUUAGAAUACGUUACAGUUCGAUGCUGGUUGAGAAAUCUUCAUUUGUAUAUUACGAUCAAGAAAAUUGCUUCUACGUGUCUAAUUCAAAAAAGAAAGAAGAAAAUAGAAGAUUGAUUCCCAGAAUCUAUUAAUUAAUUAAAAUAAUUAAAAACUCAAAAACUGAUCUCAUCCGCAUAAUUUGAAAAAAGAGAAAGAGAGGAGAGGAAAAAAAAAUGGCGAAAAAUAGAGCACACGAAGAGGUCACGGAGAGUGAUUCGUCCUCUGGCACGUGUGUAAAGUUUCGUUUCUACGAGGAGCAGGAAGAGAACGGAGAUGAAGGAGAGGAGUCGAAGAAGAGGGAGAGAGGAAGCGGAGGACCGUUAUACCGCGUUCGAAAAGAUUGUUAACCUGUUUGCGCUCCUCUACUACGAUGUGAAUCCAUGUGAAAAGCUCUGACAAGAGCAAGGUCGUGGUCAGUGUUACACCGUACGUCAACUGGUCGCCAUAACAUCCUCGCGUGAAAUUUGUAAUUAUUCCCUUUAUGGGAAUAAAUGAUUUCGAUCGAGCAAGGCUUUUUUAACCAUUUCUUUGUAUUUCUUGUAGAAAUUUAUUUAGUCGUUGCGUUGAUCCUCGAAGAGAAAAAGGAAGUGAAGUGAUGCUGAUUUGUUUUUUUUAUACAAUUUGUGAAAAUUGUAAUAGUGGAAGAAUAUUGGACAAGUUUGAUAUAAUUCCUCCUACUUUUGGGAAUGAUUUGGGAGGAGUAUUGAAUCGUUGAAAAUGGAUCAGCUGUUCGACCGUUUGAAAAGAGUAAUUUUGGAGUGUGUUUUCUUAAAAAUUUUGGACCAAUACUGCUCGAGAAAUUUUACCAAGAGAGUAAAGUAAAAUGACAGAGGAAGAAAAGUCGAGUAUUAAUUUGUUGUCAACAAUAAAGAAACGAUAGAACAAUUGGAUAACAAAAAUUCAAAAAUUAUUAAUUAUUAUUGAAGAACAAAGUUAUUUCUGUUGCAAAAUUACACAGAUCAAUUAUUGAAAGAAUAAUAUUGGAAGAAGUUGAGGCUAUUUCUCUAUUUGUAAUAUCAGAUUGUAAUAUCAUUCUGUGAGAGAAGAUUGGUGAAAAGGCAAUGUGAUGAAAAUUUCAUGCACAUUGAUUAUUUAAAAGAAAAGAAGCUUCUAGAUUGUACUGCAUUUGCUAUCUCUUCAGAAGUAGAUUGAUAAGGAGAGAGAAAGAGAGAGAAAAGGAAUGGGUAUCGAGAGCGUUUUAACCGGAGGCCUGACCUCGGCAUCCAGCGGACUUUCAUGGUUCUUUCCGGUGCUCGCUGCAGCCCUCGUUUAUUUCGAGUACGAAGUGAUGGACAACGAGGCACCACCGAUUAAUAUACCCUCUGAAGUGCUGUUGCCUGCUUAUGACUUUAUUGUGGUGGGAGGUGGUUCAGCAGGAGCUGUGGUGGCAAGUCGGCUGUCCGAGAUAGAAAAUUGGAACGUGCUUCUUCUGGAGGCUGGCAGCGAUGAAACGGAAAUCUCUGAUAUUCCUCUGCUUGCCGGAUAUUUACAGCUCAGCCAACUCGAUUGGCAGUACAAAACUGAACCAGAUGGACAGUCAUGUCUAGCGAUGAGCAACGGUCGCUGCAACUGGCCACGAGGAAAAGUAAUAGGAGGGAGCAGCGUGCUCAACUACAUGCUCUACCUUCGCGGCAACAAGAAGGACUACGACAUAUGGGAGAGCCAGGGGAACCGAGGAUGGUCGUUCAAGGACGUGCUCUACUACUUCAAGAAAUCCGAGGACAAUCAAAACCCUUAUCUCACCAAAACACCCUACCACGCGACAGGGGGUUACCUGACCGUCCAAGAGGCGCCUUGGCACACCCCGUUGGCGACUGCCUUCAUUCAAGCCGGCCAAGAGAUGGGAUACGAGAACAGGGACAUAAACGGGGAGCAGCAAACAGGUUUCAUGAUCGCCCAGGGAACGAUCAGACGUGGUAGCCGUUGCUCCACGGCCAAGGCGUUCCUCAGGCCUGCUAGGCUUCGCAAGAACUUGCACAUAGCCAUGCAAUCCCACGUGACGAAAAUCCUGAUAGACCCGAAGUCGAAGAGGGCGUACGGAGUAGAGUUCGUCAGGGAUCAGAAGAUGUUCAGGAUUCGCGCGAAGAAGGAAGUGAUAGUCUCUGGUGGUUCCAUCAACUCCCCCCAACUGCUCAUGUUGUCGGGUAUAGGGCCCAGGGAACACCUGUCCAAACACGGUAUACCUGUUAUCCAGGAUCUGAGAGUCGGUUUCAACAUGCAAGAUCACGUGGGCUUGGGCGGGUUGACGUUUCUAGUCGACAAGGAGAUCUCCAUGGUGGAGAAGAGGUUGCACACCGUUCAAACGGUGAUGCAGUACGCCAUCUUUGGCAACGGACCUUUGACGGUUCUGGGCGGGGUGGAGGGCUUGGCGUUCGUCAACACCAAGUACGUGAACGCCUCUGACGAUUUCCCGGAUAUAGAGCUCCACUUCGUGUCAGGCUCGACCAACUCUGACGGGGGAAGACAGAUCAGGAAGAUUCACGGGUUGACCAAGAGGUUCUACGACGCUGUUUACGGGGCCCUGAACGACAUGGACGUGUGGAGCGUGAUACCCAUGCUUUUAAGGCCUAAAAGCAAAGGUGUUAUCAAGCUGCGUAGCAAGGAUCCGUUCGCCCAUCCAUUGAUAUAUCCCAAUUACUUCAACGAGCCGGAGGACAUUGCUACGUUGGUCGAGGGGGUUAAGAUAGCCGUCGCCCUGAGCCGUACCCAAGCUUUCAGGCGUUUUGGAAGCGAGGUUAAUUCGAAGCAAUUUCCAGGCUGCAAGAAUAUACCUAUGUACAGUGACCCGUAUUGGGAGUGCAUGAUCAGGCAUUACACGGUCACCGUUUACCAUCCAGUGGGCACGUGCAAGAUGGGCCCUUACUGGGACCCGGAGGCUGUCGUCGACCCCGAGUUAAGGGUUUACGGAAUCCAGGGGUUGAGGGUGAUCGAUGCGUCCAUCAUGCCGAAUUUGGUCAGCGGGAAUACGAAUGCACCGGUUAUCAUGAUCGGGGAGAAGGGUUCCGAUAUGAUAAAGGAAUUUUGGUUGAAGAGAAGGAGUAGGAGAAUUGUAGCUGGUUUUGUGAAGUAGUUUCUUUUUCUGUUUAUCCUCUGUGCAUUCUUUGUAGAUAUGAAUCUGAGUAUAGUUGUUUUUUGUAAAUUGAUCAAUUGUAAAUAUUGAUUAUAUUUUUAAUAUAAUUGAUAUAUAUAUAUAUGUAUAAUUUAAAGUAGGAUGAAUUUGUAAAAAAAGAGAACUUAGUUUUAUAUAUAUAUAUAUAUUGUGUUUUGAUGGUGGUAUAAAGUUACACAAUGUUUAAUGUAUAGUAAUUUAAGUGUUGUUAGCCUUUUUUUUUUUAGUAUGAUAGGUAAAAUUUAUUGAAUUAGUUUCAUUUCUUUAAAUGUAUUACUAUUAUUAUUAUUAUUAUUUAUCUAAUUACUUUAGUUUAAGAGAUUUAAUGUAAAAGUUGUUACUCUUUUUAUAUUUGGAAGAAGUGUAAAGAAAGAUGGAGAGAAAUACUUGUGAUUCCUUAUUAUGAAAAGAAAAAAAAAAAUGUUUCGACUUAAAUAAUCUGUACAAGAUGUGUAAAUAAGAAAAUGUAUAUAUUUUAUGCAUCGAUAUUAAUUUUUAUUUUUUUAAUACAAAUAUUAUUAUACGAUACGAUUAAAUAUAUACAUUAUUUUGUGUAAAUAUCUCGAAAAAAAUUUAGGUUUAUAACAUUCAAUUUUGCAACUGUUGCACUCACAUAUUCGAAAAAAAAAAAAAACAGCUGAUUCAGCGACAUGUAAGCAGCAGCAUACGUCUUUACAUUGGCAGUUGAUUUUCGUGGUUUGUCGUUAAAUAAUUGUGUGACGUUUUGUGCAAAUUUUGUAGAAUUAUAUAUCCAUAGUUGAAGUUAAUUAAGAAUCUACUUUUAUUCAAGACUGUUUAUAUUUAGUGUUAAAGAA